CAAAAAAUUCCAUAUGACAUUAGUGAUGACCCGCCUGUGAAUUCAAUAUGUAUUUAUUAUGUGAAAAAAUGGAUUAUCAAAUGUAAAGUGCACUGAUAUUUUAAACAAAAUGGAAAGGGAAUUCAUUCUGCUCAAAAUCAUAUGUUAACGGUACAGGCAGUUCAAAGUUUUUCCUUCAAGAUGUCGGUGAAAAACUUGGGGUUCCCACUUCCCAUAAAGAUAGAGGAAGAUCAAAAACUAUUUAUUGAUCUUGAUACGGAAGGAAGUAGCCCGGAAGACAUUGUUAUUGAGUGGCAUUUGGAAAUAAGAAGGUUUUUCGGUAGCUAUUCUGCAGCCUCUGGUGAAAUUAAGCUGGUCAGCAUUAUGAAGGAAUAUAUAACAGCUAUCACAGAGCGUGCAAUACAUUUCGAAGACAUAGUAAGGCUCCAGGAAAUGGUCGAACACCACAUGGAGCACAUUUAUUGGUUCUACCAAGACUCUGACAUCUGCUUCUCGGACAUGUACCUGGAUUACAUGGAACACAUAAUGACGUUCUACGUUAACCUCACCCUCAGGGUGCUGUUGGUGCUGAAGAAAAAGAUCAAGGUUACCCAGAAGAAGGUGAUGGACAUGACGCAGAAAGUUAUCAAGAGGCUGUCGUUCUACCUGCUCCAAAACGAGUAUCACAUAUUUCACGUGCUGAUCAGACAGACGACGACGUUGGUGGACGGUAUGAUCAAGGACGUUAUGAACAUCUUGAAUUCUAACAUAUGCAAGCAGAUGUUCAGGAAUUUGUACAUGCACUUUCUGGUUCUGACGCCCGUCAGGGACAUGUCGGACGAGGCGUUCUGCAGAGCCUUCAUCUUGUUCGAGAACUGGAAGGCCUUCGAGGACUAUAAGCAGGACGAGAAGAUCGACGAGUGCAUAAAGAACAUAUUCAAUCGCGAUGUGAGAACGAUCAGAGAUAACGAAUUCCUCAGCAAGAUACUGACGCCGAAGGCCUCGAUAAUGUCGGAACUGAUGAAGGUCAUGGGCUGCGAUCCGAGCAUAACCAAGGCCUACUUCGACUACAUAAAAUCCAAACAGAAGGCCGACGGAGAGAUCAUCGAUGACAUCGGAAAGUUGGCCUUGGAAGACGCCUUGCUCACAGAAACGGAAUUAGUCGAUGAAGAAGAUGAUGAGGAGGAGUACAUUGAAUUUUUCCACACGUUGAUGGGAGACGCGAAAUACAACUUGAAUGAAGUGGUGUUGGAUUGUAAGAGCGAAAGAAAUUCGUCAGAGGCUGCGGUGGUUAAUGAAGACGCUGAGAUACUGGUGUUGGACACCGAUUCAGAUUCCGACGUAGAGAUUGUAUCCAUCAUACCCAGCCAGAACAGCUUGAAGAGAAUGUCUGCUUCACCUAGAAGAUCGAGAAAUCCAGCCACGAAUAGUCAGCCCGUAACGUCUUUUCUGGAAAGCAUUUCUGUCGACGUGGAUACAGCAAGGAGAAAAUACGGUUUUAGAACGUUGGGGAACACCUCGAAUUCGCAGCAGAAUAAAACGCCCGAGACAAGCCAGACCCCGACGCCCACUUUACCGAGCAUCGCCGAAGAACAAACUCCUAGUUGUCCAAAUGUUACGGAAACCUGUUUGAUCUUAGACGACGACAUUUGCGAAACAACGCAGGAUAACAGCUCGGUAAAUCCGAAUAAAGAUCACCCAAUGAUUGUGGACACGAAUGAAACUGUUACAAACAUUGUACAAGAUGAAAUAGUUAGAAAUAUCGUACAAGAUGAGACUGUUACAAAGGUCGUACAAGAUGAAACUGUUAGAAACCUUGUACAAGAUGAAAUAGUUAGAAAUAUCGUACAAGAUGAGACUGUUACAAAGGUCGUACAAGAUGAAACUGUUACAAACCUUGUACAAGAUGAAAGUGUUAGAAAAAUCGUACAAGAUGAAAGUGUUACAAACAUCCUACAAGAUGAAACUGUUACAAGCAUCGUACUAGAUGAAACUUUUGAAAAAGAAGAAACUUCGAGAACAAAUAAUGUUGCCCCAACUAAUACCGAAGACUCUAGUUUGUCCAUCUCUGAAGAUCUCUCCUCAACCCCAGUAGAAAUUGAAACAUCUGAAAUUUCCAAUGCUCAACCUGUGGACAGGAAUAAAAUAAUUAAAGAUGCAGAACCAGGAACACUUGAAGUCUCAUCUAGUCCAGAGAGGAAAGAAGAUUCAGUUUCAAAAGUAACGGAAACUCUGAAAGAAGUACUUCCAGUUCCAAAGACCAACGGGGCAAUAAACCACGUUAACAGGUGUCCACAGUUGCUGCAAGCCCCAGAACUAGAUGUUGUGCAGGUCGUGUCUCCAACCACACCUGAGAAUGUAAAAGUGGUAGUCGAGAGGAUUCUCCCACUGGAAGAAUUCUCCGAAGGGAUCAUGGGAACCUUCCCCGAAGACAUUGUGCUCGAAGAAACAGUUGGUGAAAAUGAUUUAACCGAAGUGGGUCUAGUCGAAAGGGGUGGUUAUGUAGAUACUUCCGAAGACCUUGAAACGGAUUUCGAGAGAUUGAGUGUUGAACCUGCUGAAGUUGUCAUCGAUAGUGGAAAUCCAGUGGUGGAGGUUGAACAAUCUUCUCUACCUGUCCCUGAUAUCGAAAUAGAUCCUCCAAUAACUGAGAACUGUGAAUUGAGGAAUGCAUCAUCGAAAAUUGAUGCUUUUUUAACGGAACCAGAACAAACUGAUAAGGUGAAGCCCAUCCAGGAACCCGAAAACUUGAAUGUGACAACCAGUGGUGAAGUGAAAGAAGUCAGGGUGGACAAUAAAGGUACUGACGAUUCGAAUGCGUGUCAUAGGACGUUAGUAUGUGACGAAUCGCCCGAAAUCCAGAACUGCGACGUGGAAUCGGAAGUUUUAGACUGUCGGACAGAACCCACACAGUGCGAGAGUGGUUGCGGUCGGGAAGAAACGAUAGAACGCGUCGAGAACAACGUCGACUUCCCGACCGAUGCGCCGUCGCGACCCGAAGAGAUAACGCCCUUGGACACGGGUCAAGAUCUGUUCGUGCGUUCCCUCGACACGGGGCAAUUCGACCCCAACAGCCCAGCGUCCCCAGACCCCGUCGACGUGGCGUCGAAACCCCCCAACGACAAGAACGUGCCGCCGCUGCUGAGGAAGGGGCAACCACACGGCGAGUUCGGCUAUCCGACGCCUCCUGGAUCGGAGGAAGAACGCGAGAAGGACUCGGACGAGCAAACCCAGUUGAUCUACAGCAACAUCUUGCCCACGAAAAGUUUCAGCGUCGACGCCAGCCCCGUCUUCGAUAACGAGCAGGUGACGUACGAGGCGUUGACGCCCAAGAACGUACAAGGCGAGGAUUUUCUGUGCGAAGACGUCGAGGUGGACUGCGUUGAGAUCAGCACGGCGGAUGCCGAGCUGAUGGAAAGACUGUCGGACGAAGAGAAGGAUAGAAACGCCAGUCCGAGCCUGGGGAAAUCCUACGAACAAAUAGUGAAAGACGCCGUCGGUAGUCAGAACUCCACCGAAGACGAAGACGAUGACACUCACGUCGUUUCGAAAAAAGUAGUCUCCCUGGGUAAAGACGGGGACGAAGAUAUAAGUUUCGACGAUAUGGAACAGUUCCUCAAAAAUUGCGAUAACGACGACUAUCCCCAGACGAGUCGCAAGAAGAGAAAAAGACCGAGGGAAAAAACGACAACCUGCGCGAGAUCCCCGAAACGGGUGAAGAUAAACGAGAAGCCAGAGAUGCAUUUCAUACCGACCUCCUACGACGAGAACUCCAAGGACGACGUGUGGGGCAAACAGAACGAGUACGAUUCCUCCUCGUCGUCGUCGGACAACGACGAAACCGGUCCGAGCAGAUCGAAAGCCAAACGAAGACCUUCUCCGAUGCCACUCUCGAAAUACCUGAGCAAGAGAAACGGCGCCAACACUCACAUUCCUCUAUCUGGAAGGUUGACCCCGGACAAACCGCCGCCCCUCAAGGGGAUACUGAAGCGUAUCGAACAGAAACACACGUACCACCCCCUGCACAACGUGGACGACGAACCGGAGACGGUCGUCAUCGUGCUGCACCAGCGCGAGAUCGGUAGGGGUAAGAGGGGUUCAGUUGAGGUAAAAGUUUACCGGAAAUCGUUCUCCGCUUACAAAAUACCCUUUGACGAUCAUAAGUUAUGCCAUCACGCGUUCGUUAAACUGGACGAGAUCAAGACGGACGCCGUGGACGUCUGGGGAAGAGUGUCCGUCAGGACGAGAGUCUACGAGGAGGAGCUGUUUAACCAACCGGAAAAGCCAAUGUACAAAAUCGUGUUCGACAAAAACACGCCUCAGCUUAACUCGAACGAUAGAAAGUACUAUUGUGAUCCUUCGAUCUCGUCGGACUCAACCAAACCCAAAAGCACUUUAUACGAGUCCGAAAACGAACAAGGUAUCAAAAAGAAGAGGUCGUACGUCAAAAGAUCAACGAAGAAUCAAUCUGAUGAUGGAGCUAAGCCUGCAAAGAGAGGAAGAAAACCAAAAAGUCAUCCUUCCGAUACACCCUCUUCACCAAAGAGGCAGAGAGAAGUCAGCCCAAAGUACAACUAUCCCGUUCCUGCCACCUUGGAAGAAGCCCUCUCUACCUACGCCGAUUUCUAUAGGAAGGAAGAAGAAGAAGCCCUCCUGGAAAACAAUUUCAACAAUAGAGCGAGAAGCUUGCACAGGAUAGUCAAACGGUUCGAGCAGGCGAUCAAGCAGCACAGACUGGGUAAAGAGGUGGAUGUUGAAAAGUUACCAGUGCCGCCAGGAUACCCGCCAUUCUCUGAAACCGAAUGGGAAUCGAAAAUGGCUCCCAAAUCAGCUUCCAGGUCGACCUCAGAAAAGCCUAAAACUAAAAGGAAACCUUAUCAGAAAAGUUCUGAGGACUUCACGAAUAAAAAAAUUAAGCCUCAGAAUAUCACAGAAAGGUAGUAUUACACAAAAGGACCUUCUAGGUUCAAUUGGGAUUAAAGUUAUGGUAGAAGUUGAUGGUUAUGACGGAAGGAUAGGCUAUUAAGCAGGGUUCCCAGUUUGCUAAACAGAAUUAGAACUCAUGUUAGAGUUUGGGCUCUUAAUGAAAAAUAUUUAUUUCGUUUGAAUAUAUUAUUAACAUUCAUUUGGGAGGUAUAAUGAAUUUCAUUUUCAUUGUUAUGAAUAAUAUGAAUGUACUUCUUUUCCUACUUGUAGUUGUGAUUCUUGUAUUUCCCAAAUGAUAUUAUGGCCAGAGUUGUGAAUCUCUCAUCUCAUCUCUCAGUUUCAUACAGCAAAUAAUUUUCCCUACUGCUAUUUCUGACAUGUUAGUUUCGAUGUUUAUUGCAUGCUAUUUGUAUAAGUUGCAAAUUAUGCAUUAGUACAUUGCAGAUCAUACUUGAAAGAAGAAAUACCCAUGGGUCAAUCUUUUACGUGAAAUAAUUUUUUUCCUUCAUAUGAUCUGUGUGCUAAACAUUUCAAACUCAUUUUAGAAAUCAGUAGUAGGAAUAAGUUCCGUGUUCAACAAGUUAUUUAUUCGAACAUUGAUUCUUGAGGAAUUUCAAAUUGGGAUAAUUCACAAUAUCGUGAAUAAUGGAAAGAGGUUAGAAUCUGGUUAUUAUGAAUUAUUUCCAUUAAGGCUAUUUCUCAAGAGUCUAACUAUAAGGGAAAUUUUUUACUUUAUACCUCUGAAUAACCUGAAUAGCCGAGUAAUAUCUCUGGUCAUAAUGAACUAAAUAAUAUAUUUCAAGGAUGAAGUGCAAUUGUAAAUUGAAAAAUAUCGGCUUACUUCAUCUUGUUAUUGAGUUUUGUCUGUGAUUCAUAUUGUAAAUAAAUUAUUAUUGUAAAAUCACUUUGUAUAUAUCUUCUGUAUAUGUAAUUCAACUUUUUAUUGUUUGUAUAGUUGUUAAGUCAAUAAAAUAUUUUUAUGAAACAA